CUCAAGGAUCAUAGUACUCAACUUGCUGAUAAAAAGAUCUGAAUUUUGAUCUCGAUUUUGAGUCACAUCAAACACUUCGAUCAUGCAUGACUAGCUCACGAAACCAAUCGUAAUGGUCCCGCGGGCAGAGAUUACUGGGCGACGGCGCCCGACCAAAACGAAGAAGCAGAAUCAUGCGCUGAAGCGGAAGCGAGAGACGCUCAACAUUGAGGAGCUUGAAAAGAAAGUGGAAGAAUUAGACGUUUCAAGCAGCACCUUCAAGGAUUUCGAUGAUCUUCCACUAUCCGAACCUACGAAAGCUGGACUGAAGGCUGCCCAUUUCACGACUCUAACGGACAUACAAGCCAAGGCCAUUCCGGUUGCUUUGAAGGGUGCAGAUAUCUUAGGUGCAGCAAAAACAGGCAGCGGCAAGACACUUGCGUUCCUCAUACCUGUACUGGAGAACCUAUAUCGCGAACAAUGUGUCGGCCCAGACGCUGGCCUCGGCGCUAUGAUCAUCUCUCCCACUCGCGAGCUCGCUAUACAGAUCUUCGAAGUCUUAUAUAAAAUCGGGCGUAAGGGCCACAUGUUCGCAGCAGGCCUAGUAAUAGGUGGCAAGAGCCUAAAAGAGGAGCAAGAUGCCCUCACGAGGAUGAAUAUUGUAGUCUGUACCCCCGGGCGGAUGCUUCAGCAUCUUUCACAGACGGCAGCUUUCAAUGUGGACAAUUUGAAAAUCCUGGUCCUAGACGAGGCAGACAGGAUUUUGGACAUGGGAUUCCAGCGAGAUGUGGACGCCAUUGUGGAGUACCUACCAAAGGAAAGGCAGACAAUGUUGUUUAGUGCCACACAAACAAAAAGGGUGUCUGAUUUGGCACGACUUAGCUUGCAGGAUCCUGAGUACAUCUCUGUGCAUGAGGCAGCUUCGAAUGCAACGCCUGUGAAUCUGCAGCAAAACUACACUCUCACUCCUCUCAACGAAAAAUUGGAUACUCUAUGGAGCUUCCUACAGAGUGCUAAAAAGUCUAAGAUUCUUGUCUUUCUCUCCUCAGCGAAACAAGUUCGCUUUGUUUAUGAGGCUUUCCGCAAAAUGCAGCCAGGUAUACCACUCCUCCACCUCCAUGGGCGCCAAAAACAAACCGCGCGUCUGGAUAUUACGUCCAGGUUUGCAUCCGCACGUGCCUCCUGCCUGUUUGCCACGGACGUUGCUGCGCGAGGUCUCGACUUCCCCGCUGUAGAUUGGGUCGUACAAGUCGAUUGUCCCGAAGACGCGGACACCUACAUCCACCGUGUUGGACGGACAGCACGAUAUAACCGAGAGGGACGUGCGGUGCUACUUCUUGACCCGAGUGAAGAACCUGGCAUGCUCACACGUUUGGCCCAUAAAAAAGUUCCCAUCGAACGCAUCAACGUUCGGCAGAAUAAGAAACAGAGUAUAACAAACCAGCUAGCAAACCUCUGCUUCAAAGACCCGCAACUAAAGUACCUGGCGCAGAAGGCGUUCACUUCCUACGUAAAGUCUAUCUACAUCCAGAAGGACAAAGAGAUAUUUCAGCUUACUAAGCUACCUCUCGAAGAGUUUGCCGCGAGUCUGGGUUUACCAGGUGCGCCGAGGAUCAAAUUCAUGAAAGGUGAUGAUGCGAAAGCGAGGAAGAAUGCACCAAGACAACUUUACAUGUCUGACGAGAGCGACACAAGCGAUGAGGAUGGUCAAAAGGAGCCAAAGACGAAGGAGAAGAAGAAGAAUGCUAUUCGCACAAAAUAUGACAAGAUGUUUGAGCGUGUCAACCAAGAUAUUCUUACAAAUCAUUACACGAAAUUGAUACAUGACGAGAAUGAGACAAAGAGCGAAAAACAGCCUGGUCAGCCUGGAGAGCUCAAUGGAGGCAAUGAGGACGAUGAUGAGUUCCUCUCCGUCAAGAGGCGCAUUCCUCUGGAUGAUGCGAACGAAGAUUUUUCCCCAACUGACAUCCCCGAUAAGCGACCUAAGCGGCUUGUGCACAUUGAAGGCGCUAAGGAACCCAUCCUAAUCGAUUCCAAGCGCGCCGAAAAGAGACUUUCGUCUAAGAAAGCACUACUCAAAUACAAGGAGAAAGGGACGAAGUUGAUCUUCGACGACGAUGGGAAUGCACGGCCGCUAUAUGAAUUGAAGGAUGAGAAAGACUUCGCCGAGAAUGGACUACCGGAGGAGCAGCGCAGGAAGUUUGUUGAGAACGAACGAAAGAGAGUUGAAGUAGAAGACAUCGAGGAUAAGCAGAUUGCGAAGAACAAGAGAAGGGAGAAGAGGGCCAAGGCAAAGGAGAGGGAGAGGAUGGAAGCCAUGAGGGGGGCUGAUGCCGAGAUAUAUGACGAUGACUACGGUGGAGUGACUGUGGGAGGUAAUGAGAACGGCGAAGACGUCGUUGCCAACUUUCUGGCUGAUGCGGAAGGCUUUGUCGAGAGCGAGGAGGAGAAGGAUGAAGGGUCAAGAGAAGUCAAGCGGGAGAAAAAGUGGUUCCAAGACAGCGAAUCGGACGAUGGCGAAGAUCCAGGCAGGCAGAGGAGGAAGAAGAAGAAGAGGAAGACUGACAAGAAGACGGCUGAAGUGCAUGAACCGGAGACGCUGGAGGACCUGGAGAGAAUGGCUGCAGAUUUAUUGAGCUAAGAAAAGAAAAUCAACUGACUUCGCACCAGAUGUGUGUAUACAAC